AAAAUUACCGUGGAAGCUUUUUCCCUAAAUGUAACCCUGUAAGGAACGAAAGCGUAAGCUGAAUCCGCCACCUGAACAAUUUCAGUCACUCUCUUGUUUCUUUCGCACUCUCUCUUUCUCUUCUACCUAUACAUUCCGAAUCCACUACUCCAUUUUCCCUCCGAUUUCGAUCUAUUUCAACUUCUUCGUAUACAUAGAUUCGCAUUUUGAACCUGCUACACUUCAAUCGGAAACGGUAACCCUAUUAUGAUUCAGUAAUUUUCAAUUCUAGGGUUUACGUGUUUUCAACCUUCAAAUUAAGAACGUAGUUGAAGAAGAAGAUAACCCUAGUUUUAUUGAUUUUGAAAUUUUAUUUGAAUAUUAAUUAGGAAUGGCCUCUUAUAGGCCUUUCCCUCCUCCACCGCCGAGUCAAAACCCUAUCGCACAACCACCACAACCACCACUGCCUCCGAGAGGUGGUAAUAAUAAUUGGGGUGGUUACGGUUACGGUGCUGCUGGUGCUGCUGGUGGUGAUUCUUCUACUUCAUUCCCUCAAGUACCUCCUAAUUCAAAUUAUCAACAUCACCAUCAGCAUCAUCAUGCUCCUCCUCCCCCACCACCUUCAAAUUACUAUCCAUAUCCACCGCCACCACCUCCUCCGCCUGAUAAUUCAUAUCAGCCACCGCCACCACCGCCACCCGCACCUAUGUAUUAUCCUUCUAACAAUCAAUACAAUCAUCAACAACCACCACCUCCGCCACCUCCUUUAUCACCGGGUUCUUCCAUGCCACCUCCACCUCCUCCUCCUCCAACCUCCCCGCCUCCCCCUCCUCAUAACAAGGAUGAAAGAGCAAUCAAUAAAGGGUCGUCUGGCAGGCGCGACGGAGUUUCACAUAGACAGCAGCAAAAGCCUUCUCAUCCGCAUCCUCCAAGGAAGGUUGAGACGGAUGAAGAGAAGAGGAUGAGGAAGAAGAGGGAGUUUGAGAAACAAAGGCAAGAAGACAAACAUAGGCAGCAGAAGAAGUUGAAGGAAUCACAGAAUAGUGUUCUGCAGAAGACUCAGAUGGCGUCAUCUGGGGGGACUGGAAAGGUGCAUGGUUCUAUUGCGGGGUCUCGAAUGGGAGAGAGGAGAACUACUCCCUUGUUGAGCAGCGAGAGGGUUGAAAAUAGGUUGAAGAAGCCCACCACUUUUUUGUGUAAGCUCAGAUUUCGAAAUGAGCUUCCGGAUCCAACUGCACAACCCAAGUUAAUGGCAUUCAAGAAUGAUAAAGAUCAAUAUGCAAAAUAUACAAUCACGUCUCUGGAGAAAAUGUACAAACCCAAACUUUUUGUGGAGCCUGAUCUUGGGAUACCUCUGGACCUGCUUGAUCUCAGUGUUUACAAUCCUCCUAGUGUCCGCCCGCCUCUUGCUCCAGAAGAUGAAGAUUUAUUGCGAGAUGAUGAAGCUGUUACUCCUUUGAAAAAAGAUGGUAUUAAAAGAAAAGAGAGGCCUACUGAUAAAGGUGUUGCUUGGCUUGUUAAAACACAAUAUAUUUCUCCUUUAAGCAUGGAAUCGGCCAAACAGUCCUUGACUGAAAAACAAGCUAAGGAGCUGAGAGAGAGGAAGGGAGGGCGCAAUCUUUUGGAAAAUCUUAACAACAGGGAAAGACAAAUUAGGGAAAUUGAAGCAUCAUUUGAAGCAGCCAAGUCACGCCCUGUUCAUGCAACUAAAAAAGAUUUGUAUCCUGUUGAGUUCAUGCCAUUGUUGCCUGAUAUUGAUAGGUAUGAUGAUCAGUUUGUUCUUGCUGCAUUUGAUAAUGCUCCAACAGCUGAUUCAGAAAUGUACAGGAAGUUGGACAAAUCUGUUUGUGAUAUCUCUGAAUCCAGGGCAGUUAUGAAAAGUUAUGUUGCAACAAGCUCAGAUCCUGCAAAUCCUGAGAAAUUUUUGGCAUACAUGGUCCCAACACCAGGAGAGUUGUCAAAGGAUAUAUAUGAUGAAGAUGAAGAUGUCUCUUAUUCUUGGGUUCGCGAGUAUCAUUGGGAUGUUCGAGGCGACGAUGCACAUGAUCCCACAACAUUCGUAGUUGCAUUUAAUGAGUCAGAAGCUCGAUAUUUGCCUCUUCCAACUAAACUUGUUUUAAGAAAAAAGAGGGCCACAGAGGGAAGAUCAGGCGAUGAGGUUGAGCAAUUUCCAGCUCCCUCUAGAGUGACUGUGAGGAGAAGAUCAAACGUUGCUGCAAUUGAACGGAAAGAUUCUGGGGUUUAUGCAAGCUCAAAGGGCAAUUCGUCAAAGAGCCUAGAAAUGGAUGACGAUCUCGACGACGACGACCAUAGAGAUGCUGAGCACCAGGAUAAUUUCCAGUCUAGUGGAGCAGAAGAUGACAUGUCCGAUUGAUUCUUUGGCGCAGGUGUUGCUACAUUAAGCAAAUUUGUUCAAUGAAGUUGGUGGUUGGAUUGGCUGUGGAUAGCUGAAUUUGUAUGUGUUUCAAUGAAGGUUAAACAAUGACAAAUCUCAAUUUUUUAAUGACCAUUUUAACCUUAUGCAUAUACUUUCAGAUUGUAGGCAGCUGUUAAAUUAACAAAGAUUUUGUUUUCAAAUACGUUUAUAAUAGAAAAGUCGAGAAAUAAUGACAUUUCAAAGCA